UGUUUCCAUCAUGGCGGCGUCCGGCAGAGAGCAUGUACUGUCACUCUACAGACUGCUUCUGAAAGAGAGCAAGAAAUUCCCCUCGUAUAACUACAGGACAUAUGCUCUACGGAGGGUCCGAGAUGCGUUCAGGGAGAACCGGACAGUGGAAGAUCCAAAAGUUGUGGAGGAGCUGUUGAACAGGGCCCGGGAGAGUUUGGCCAUCAUCCAAAGACAGAUAAAGAUGCCAGGAAAAACCAAGAAGGGAUUUUUGCAAGAAUGUCAUAAAAGAAUCACUGUAUAGAUGAGUGAAACAGCUUCUGGAACAAGAACAAAUGUGUCUAUAGGGAAGAUGUAUGAGAUCCAGAAGACGGUCGUUGAACGGGAGGAAAAGAAGAAUGAUUGAUGUGAUGGUCAAGAGUUCUCAGACGAUAGAAAACUGCUGUCUGUUCUUCAAACAUCUGCGUCAGGCUGGUCAUGACGGGGAUCUGCAUUGGAGACCUUCAUCAGAAUAGAUCCCACGUUCACUCUUUCUGUUUACAGUCAUUUAAGAUGCGGUGUGCCAUGAACCAAUAUAUAAGACACUGUAAAAGAUGCAGUAGAAAUUGUACAUAAUGUAUUUUUCAUGAUUUGUUAGUGUUACAAUAAAUUCAUGUCAGUUACA